AAAAAUUAGCAUCUCCAUCAAAUAAAAAUAAAACAAAAUGCAGGUGCACUGAACGCAAGUUUGAGUCACACUGAAGGCAACUGGCUGGCAAACGCAGCGGAUUUGGUCAUCGGCCGCCACAACCGCCAGAUUUACUUACCCGCCGUAGACGCAUUUUUUCUGUUGUGACGGUCAAAAUGAACGAUGGAUCUUGAUUCAGUUCUAUAAUAAUCUGCGACUAUUUUGAAGUUUGAGUCGAUGAUUUGGGUGACAUCUUAAUUCUCAUAUCAUUCCACCAUUUACUUGUGCAAUAUGGUUAUUCUGCUUUGCAUUCUCCUCAUCGUCAUAAAGGGUCCAACCCUUUGCUCUGGAAAUAUGGCCGAGGACAAAAUUUUGAAAGUUGGAGAAGAGCUAUGGAGAGAAACUCUGCCGUUACGAGGUGGCUCUUGUUUUUAUCAACUACAAGGUCUGAAACCUCAAACGUGGUAUGAAGUGAAGAUAUCAUAUCCAGCAACUAUACCCGCAAGCUUUUCCUUACAAUUGAAGAGAAACAAGUCAGAUGUUGUACUCAACAAUAACAGGAGAUUGCUCAACACCGAAAAACUCAUUUUUAAGACCUAUGGCGAUCAGGAUGAAGCCCAUUUAGUAUUAGUAACUGUGGAGCCAGAGGGGUUUCCUGCAAAACCGCAUGUACCCGAGAGGAAGUUUAUUAUUUUUAACAUAGUGUGUGAUGAACUAUUGUUGGGCAUACCCUACAAAGCUUGGUGGGUGGUGGCACUGGCAUUACUGUGUCUAGGAGUUGCAUUCGCGGUUCCUUGUUUUCUUCCAUUGUAUUUGCUACCAAAGAACCAAGUGCUACAAUCAGACCGUGUUUCGAAAACUUCUUGACAAGCUUCCCAGGAUGAUAUUGUUACUGUAUGACUGUCUAUCCAAAUGCUGAGGCACACUUCAUGUCAUUGAAGAUAUAAUUUUGGAAUUCAUCUAACCACUAAUAUUUCAAGUUUUCUAUUUGUGCCUGACUGCCUUUGGUUAUAAUGUAACAAAACUAUUAGUCUCUGAUAUUUUAGCUUAUGAUGAGGCUUAUAACUUUAGACUGUUUUUUUAGCAUUUCAUUACAUAGUUAUCUUUUCUGUCUUUCUAAGUCCAUUCAACCGUAAUCUGAACUGUUAUUUUAGCUUAUGAUGAGGCUUAUAACUUUAGACUGUUA